CUUCUUUUCUAUGCAUAAUUAAUUUUUUUUCCAAUAUAUGUGAUCAGAAAAGAAUAUCGUUCAAAAUAACCGUUUAUUUUCAUUCUCUUGAAAUUUUCAACGCAUCACUUUGUAGAACUGCCGCUAGAGCGCUGCAGAUGAAGAAUCGAAUUUUCAUCGAUUUUACGUAGAAAGUGCCGGUUUGUUGUGCAUCCGUGUGUCUCUCAGUUUUUACCCAUUUUCAUGCAUUUUCCCAUGUGAAGAUGGAAAUUUCAAUAUCUCCACAGAUAGUUGAGAAGCUGAAUCACUCCAUAGAGGAAAUCAGAGUGCGAGCGUUGAAGAAUGUCGAGGGAAAAGUGGGAAAAGCCCUGCAAUGCGGCUAUGAGAUCAGAUUCCACGGAGUGGAUCUGAUCAAGGCGUUGCUUAAGUGGUUCUCCCAGGACGUGCUCAGUCACGAGGACGUGGCGCUGAACAUAAUCUUCCUGAUGUUGAGCAGUAAAUACGGUCCGGACAUUGUGAAUCACUUGACCAAGAGUUUCCUGAGGAAAGAGUUGGCCAAGAUUGGAACUGUCCUGAAGCAGGAGAUUCACUUGACACUGCUGGAAGACAUUGGAAGCGCUGUUGAGCAAGUUCAGGAGAUUGUAGCGAUUAUUGAUCUCACGGAUGAUUUGCCUUCCCUGAUGGAGGAUCUUUGUGUCGAAGAGGUGCCGCUCACGCCCAGGGAAUACGUGAAGUGCUGGAGCGUGCCAAAUGCCAUUGACCAGAAGUCGCUGAAGAACCUGAAAGAUUCUCUCGAGUCAGGAAGCUUGGAGAGUCGCAAUCACGCUCUGGACUUUCUCUCGAUGGCCAUUGAGGACUAUCCGGCCGAAUUCUUCCUCCAGCCACCGUAUCUGGUGAUCACGUUCCAGGAAUUGCUCUCGGAGGGACGCGACUUGAAGACUGUCUUGUGGAAGUUCAACAGAAUUCUCUUCAAGCGCAUCCACAUGCUCGCCUCCUCGGCGGCCUACACGCCGCCAGAGAGUGAAGCUUCUCCUGGGAUCUUCACGCAGAUCGCCGUGUCCAAGUACUGCGGCGACGCCUUCAAUCUACUCAAUGGGCUGCUCAAAGGCACCGAAGAUCAGGUCACAAUCAAUUGGUGCUUUGAGAUCUUCGAUCAACUUGUCAAUCUCCUCGUGAUUGACGACCAGAGACUCCUGGCCACCGGAGAGAUGAUGCUGAGAGAAUUGGGAUUGCUGGCGAAGUUCUUCCGAAACUGCCUGGGCUUCAAGAUUCAGGACUUCACAGCAAGGAAAAUGUACAUAAAAGUGCUGCAGUUGAUUGUGAAGCUGAGAAAAAUUCCUGGCUACGGACGAGAAGAGAUAUCCGGCCAGGAGUUGAGCAUCGCUCGUCUGGAUGUGGCUGUGAAGACGUGCUAUCCGAAGAUUUAUCGCUCCAUUGAAGCCGCUUGUCCUGAGCUGGAGAAACGUGUGGAGAUUCUUCUGAAUUGCGAGCAAAUUCUGCGACCGGCAAUCUUCCUGCUGCGUCCCAUGUUCAGGUUCACCGAUGACGAACUCUGUUACACCGGCGUGGCAUUCCUCGAGACUUCCAACCUGCACAAGAGCAUGCAAAUGACUGCCAAGUUGAUCGAAGCCGUGGCGAAUUGUGUUGUUGAAUCGCCUGGGAAUAAUAUUCUCAUGUACUCAGCGGAGAAGAUAAUGCUGCAGUUGCUGGCGCAUCCUUGUUUGAAGAUCAAACAACUGACGUACCAGAAAUCCACCGAGAAGAUGAAGUUCUUCGUCUCGUCUCUCGCCGGCGGCGAGCAAAUAAUGAGCAAGAGGGGAUUUCUGGGCGACAAUCUGUUCAAACAUCUGGGAAUUCCGCUGUCCAAGGCCAUCCUGAUUGAGAUCACAGCCUUCGGGUGCACCCAUGAGGAUCCCAUCAUCCACUCCAGUGCGGAAGCCAUGCUCCUCUUCGUCCUCCAGAGUCGCGUGAUCCUCAAAGAGCACUGGAAUGUGCUCAAGGAAGUGCUGUUUCCCGUCUUGCCACUCCUUCAGUGCUUGACGACAAAGUCUUCGAAGCUCGGACAGGCAAUUCUCAGUCUUCUGCAUCCGGACGGUGAAUUCACGAGUGCACAGGAAGUGGUGGAGAGCACGGUGAGAUUCCUUUUCUGCCCAGAUCCCAGUGUCAGGGACGAAGCAGUCUCGAGGAUUCUCUACAGUGUCAACAAUUUCUCCAAAUCCGAGGCUUUCAUCCCAAAGAUCAGUCACAUUGCCGAUACAGUGGCCAAUGAUCUGAUCAUUGUGGACUAUCAAGUCGACAUGGCGGCACGCUUCAAGGCGGAUUCCCACCAAGAAGCCUUCGUGGACAGUCUUUUGGGCAUCCUGAAGGCGGACAAUGUGGAGCCGUCAGUGAGAAAAAACACUGUGAUGCAGCUGAACCUCCUCGCGAUGGAUCCCAAUGUAAAUGAGCAUCUUGUAGAGUCCCAAGGAUGGAUGACAAUUGCUGAAGUGCUGGACAAUUGCUUCAAAGUGGGCCAGACUAAGGAUUUUGUGGAAAUUUGCAUUCCUGCCAUUGGGAUCUUCUCAAAAAUCCUCCUCCACUCGCCACUCUUGCGUCAGAAUCUCUCUGAUGAGAUCAAUGUGUACUUUAUUGUCCUGAGGAGUCUCCUGAUGUUCCAGCAUGACGCCAAUCUCAAGGCAGACGCCGCGACGUCACUAUUUCUACUCGCCUUCAGUGGCUACACUGUUGGCAGUUACAGCAUUUCCGUGCCACGCAUCAUGAAACGCCUGAAAAUUCCCUUCCUGCCGCAAUUCCACUGGACCGAGAGUCCGCACAAGUCACUCUCGCCGCUGGAAGAUAUUUUCCAGGAAGAAGACGUCGAUUCUGCUGCAGAGAGGGAACUUUUCUGGCAGAUUCUGAGGAUCUCCUUCGCCAAUGUGUGGUUCGAUGGUCUGGAGAACAUGCUGGCGAACAUGAGGCAGCCCAAGAGAGAUGGAGGCGAUGAACAGAGGCUCGACUAUAAAUAUGUGUCGGAGAAGAGGAGGAUGCCGAUGGUGGGAGAGCUGGAUUUUGACGAUUGUCUGAGGCUGACCAAGAAGGAUCUCCUGCUGAUCCACUCGUCGCUGCCGAUGGACUCCUUCAGGUACUUCAUCCAUCACAUUGAGAAUAGUACAACACACCAGGAAAUGACAUCAGCCAUCGCACAUAUCAAAUGCAACUUAACUCUGGAUGCAGAGAGAAAGUUUCCAAUGGAAAGUCUUUUGGCAGUGCUGAAGAAAUACUGUCUCACGCCACCAACACUUCCUGAGGAUGUGGAGUUGUUUGGGAAGAUUCUGAAUUUGCUGCAAACAAUGUUGGAUCACGAUGAAGGUGGAAAAGUGAAAGAUUGGCUGGAGGAUCAAUUGAAGAUCAGCAACUCUGUGUUCACGAGUGUCUUUAUGGCUCCGGCAAUUCCUCUUGGUGUCUAUGAGGAGAAUACCAAAUUGCUCAUUAAGUUUUUUGAGUUCUUCACCCGAAUCGAGCGUGGAUCGGUAAAGGAGAAGAACUUUCUGGGAAAGAUCUUCAGAUGUGUGCUGAAAGCCCUGGAGAAGUGUCUCGAGCAGGAGACUCAAAUGAAUCGUGCCAGAGUUCUCAUCUCACUCCUCAAUUGUCUGAUCUGCACAACUUCCCUGGAGUGUGAGAUUGAGAGUCAAUUGAUUAAUCGCAUCUUCAGAUAUGCAGCUUCCACGAAGAGUCUGUGCCAGGGCGGCUCGAAGUUCAUUCUCAACUGCUUGCUGAGCAUUCGAGGACUCUUGGAGAAGGCGGACAUGCAUCAGGUGGCCAUCAAGCCAAAGUACUUUCGCUACAUCUCCGGAUUGUGCAGUCACACUGAUGUCUGGAUCCGACAAGCUUCCUGGAUGAUUCUCCGCAAAGCGGCGGAGGAUUUUUCGGCCGCUCAUGUGCUGAUUGACGAGCUGAAGUUUCUGCCAGGCGGAUUUCAUGCGUGCUGCAUUGUGACAGUGCUGGAUGAGCGCGAGGGUGGAUGUGUGCGAGAAGUGGCUGCUCAGACGUUCAGGAAUCUCGUCUCUCAUCGCUCUGGGCAGAUUGCUCUGCAGGUAUCGCCGAGAUGCAGUGAAUAUGAGAUAGAAGGAAGCUCAGCCGCUGAGCCGCUGAUCAUGAUGAUUGUGAAGAAGCAGAAGGUGACUGAAGGGAUUGUCAAGCAGCUGAGUCACUUCUACAUCUGGGAUGCUGUGCUAGAAGCCGAGGAGGGAAGUCUUCUGACCAAUGCAAAUACCGUCAAUGGAUUCUGUGUGUUGCUGAUGUCUGUGAUUGAGAUCGAUGAGUCGUUCAUUGAUGUGCUGAUGGAGGAGAAUUGUCUGCAGAAUCUGGCCAAUAUUCUGGCCAUGGUGCCAAUGAAUCCGUCCAUGAGUGUCCUGCAAAUGGCAGCAGCAAUCUGUAAUCUCCUGAUUCAGUGUCUUCAGCACAGUGAUGAGAUUCUCCAGAGUAUUGUGGGACAGAAUCAAGCCUCAAUUAGUGCUCUGCUCUUCCUUCAAGACGAUCAACUUUACGCCGAUGAGGAGCAACUUCAGGACAUGGCAGUUGUCUUCCUGAAGAUGCUUUCUGUCUUCGGAACAUCUCCAGUUGGCUUCCACAUUGUCACGAGUCUGAUGCAAGAGAGAAAUGCUGAGAAGAUUUUCUCUCUUUUGGUGGCGGGAUUUAAGAUUGAAGCUUCUCGGGAGUUUCAACAGGCUGCCCUGGAUUUUCUCUCCACUUAUCUCAAGAUGGGCGUCACUCAGGAGAAUGCCAACUUCCUCCACCUCAUGGAUCCGGCGAGUGAUGCAGCGUCUGUGCAGGAAGAUGAGGAAAAUCAGGAUCCCAAUGCUGUAUCUGAUCGUGAAUGUGCAAAGACUGCCGGUGGGGAGAAAGUGAUGGUCACGGUAAUCUUCAAUAGGAUUCAGAAGCUCUUUGAGACACUUUGUGCGCGAGAUAAGCCAGAGAUCGCCUCUUUUCGUGCGUGCAACGUGAUGAGGUGCACGGGAAAGACACUGGCAGUGCUUUUGAAGUGUAGUUCAACAGCCAGAAGCUUGGCCGCGUGCUCUGAACUGCUUCUGUUUGUGCUGAAGCGAUUGGGCGCAUUGAGUGGCUUCUUGGGAAACUCUGCCGCUGACUUUGUGCGUCGCAAUGGGGAGCUGAAGAAGAAGUUCAUUGUGGACGAACUGAUGCUCAUGACGGACAUCCUGUGUGGAUGGUUUGAAGUCGACAAGCUGAAUAGUCCUGAUGACGUGAACGCCAUUUGUCGGCUUAUGCUGAAGCUCUGGUCUUGGAGUGGAUCGAGUGCACAUCUUCAGAUGAAUUUCUAUCUUCUCAUCAAGCAUCUCAGUGAGCAAUCUUACUUGUUCUGUUGUUGUGUCAGCAAGAAUGUCAGCGGAUCUUCUGACACAAUUCUGCAGCUGAUAAUCAGUGCUGCUGUGCAGGAGACAAACCGUGCCAAGCAGCAAGAGGUGAAGAUUGCCAAGCUGUCAGUGCUUCUGAGGGUCCUCAGCAAUUGCUGUGCUAGCAUAGAUGGGCGUCUUCUGAUGCUGAAACUCGGCGUUCUGGACAACAUCAGUCAAUUCCAUCCAGCAGUGACGCGCACUCAGCGUCCGCAGCGUCACGUCAUUGAGUUGUGGCUGGCAUUCUAUGAGAUCUUCUCGAGGCAUCCGGAGGGAAGUGGUGCGAAGCAUCUCACAGUGCUGUGCGCUCUUGUUGCGCAAAAACAAAGUGGUGUGCGCAGGAAGGCUGUGGAGAUUCUCAGGAAUUUCGCCUUAUCCGACAGCAAUAUUGCUGCUCUGCUGACGUCUACGGACUUUGUGCAGACGACAAAGAGCAUCCUGGAUGGCAGCGAUCGAGAGGAUCAACUUAAUAUCGCAGUAGCAAUUUGGUCGAUCAUUGCGAACAAUCACAGAGCCACAAAUGCCAUCAAGACAUCAUCAAUUCCUGGCAAGAUCAAUAAGAUCCAGAAUCAAUUGAUACUUGAUAAUGCGACCAACAGUCAACUCUGCCAAACACUCGAAGACAUCACGAAGAUCCUAAACAAGUGAUUUGUCGA